AUGGACCCCAAAGCGCCACCCCGUGUCUCGACGAUGCGCAAGUUUCUACGGCGCUUUGUCCAAAGGGAAAGGCUUAACCAUAUUCUAGAGGUGGCUUUGCAAGAGGCAUCGCAAGGUACCAUUACGGGCCCUUUGAGCAGGCUCGUUUCUUCCCUUUCUUCUCGCGCGCCAAGGCUCAGUCUGGGGCCCAAGGAAGACUUGCUCGAGGAGGAAAACAUGUUUCUGUACUCACCUCAAGUAUGGUACCAUGUGCGUUUAGGGCAGGUUCUUAACAAGCGAUACCGGAUCAUCUCGAAGCUAGGCUGGGGUGCGACUUCAACCGUGUGGCUCGCUCGAGAUCUAAAAAAGGACCGGUACGUGAGCGUCAAAGUCUGCGCCAACUACUUUGACCAACGGCCCCGCGAGCUUGAUAUCCUGAUCCGUCUCCAAGAAACCAAGUCCAGCCACGUGGGAAGGAAAUACGUGCUCCAGCUUCUGGACCACUUCACCAUCCGCGACGACUACAAAUCGCUCCAAUGCUUCGUUUUCAACGCCCUGGGCCCUCAUGUGCGAGUAAUCGUCCCCAGUGAUACGCAGUGGCUAGACUUGGACUGGGUGAAGAAGCAGCUGUGGCUUCUUCUUCACGCCUUUGACUACCUUCAUACGGACGUCAAGAUUAUUCAUUGCGAUUGCUGGCACUCAAACAUUCUCUGCCUAAUUGAAGACGAACGCGACUUGGGGACCCUCGAGGAGCUCGAGAAAACCAAUCCAAGUGAGCAAAAGGUAAGGGGAGACGGCGUGCUCUAUAGGUCUCGCAGGGUCGUCCCCCACAGAGGGGGGUUCGAAAGGCCUUGUCUGGCCGACCUGGGAAACGCUCGGCUCAACGAGGCUGCGUUCAGCGAUCAGACGCUCGCAGAGGUCCGCGCCUAUCGUGGCUCUACGGAAGAGUGGUUCGAUAGGCCGAUCACAGACAUAAAAUGGUUGUUCAACUCGUACUCACAGAUCGUUGACGGGGUUCGACUGUACACCAAGCCAGGGAUCGCUCCCCCCACCAACGCUACGUCACCCGAGGAACCCCCUAACCACGACGUCCAGCUUCCCCAAGUCGAGAUCUCGGAAGAAGAAAAGCAGGAAUUUCUCGCGUGGAUGUAUAAGUGGGAACGUUGUGACGACCAGAAUGUUUCAGUGAAAGACGUGCUCGCGGAUUCCAUGUUCCGGGGGCAGGCGCCUGCUUAA